AUGGAGCUGUCUGGGCUGUGGUCUCCUUUAAGUGGGUUCUCGUCUCUUUGGGGUUCUCGUCUCAUCAGGGUUCUCAUUUCAUGUGGGUUCUCGUCUCAUCAGGGUUCUCGUCUCAUCAGGGUUCUCAUCAGGGUUGUCGUCUCUUUGGGGUUCUCGUCUCAUCAGGGUUCUCAUUUCAUGUGGGUUCUCGUCUCAUCAGUGUUCUCAUCUCAUCAGGGUUCUCGUAUCUUUGGGGUUCUCGUCUCAUCUGGGUUCUCGUCUCAUCAGGGUUCUUGUCUCAUCUGGGUUCUUGUCUCAUCUGGGUUCUCGUCUCAUCUGGGUUCUCGCCUCAUCAGGGUUCUCGUCUCUUUGGGGUUCUCGUCUCUUUGGGGUUCUCGUCUCAUCUGGGUUCUUGUCUCAUCUGGGUUCUCGUCUCAUCUGGGUUCUUGUCUCAUCUGGGUUCUUGUCUCAUCUGGGUUCUCGUCUCAUCUGGGUUCUCGCCUCAUCUGGGUUCUCGUCUCUUUGGGGUUCUCGUCUCAUCAGGGUUCUCGUCUCUUUGGGGUUCUCGUCUCAUCAGGGUUCUCGUAA